CCCUUCCCUCCCGUUCAGUUCACGUUGGAGUCGCCUUCAGGAGAGACCUGCCGUACGGCAGCUUGAUACGUUCGGGCAGAAAAGCGAUAUAUUUCCCCCCUCCUAUAACAACGAACCAACGAUAACAUUAAUUUCUCCGUGUAACCGUCUUCUAAACUGAAUGGACUUGUAUGCGGAUUCGCGCCUUGGAUACACCAACUGUGGAUUAUGGUAUGUUUUUGUGUGGAUACCAAACCGGAGUGUUUUUUGAGGAGCUAACUCAUGGAUCGAUGAGAGAAAACGGACAGACAGAGAGAAGCUCCCCCGCUGACAUAAGAGAGUGAGAAGAUUACAGUAGAACCCAGAGGAGGCGAGACAACACACGGUUUCUUCGGCCGCCUCCGGAGCCAUGAGCCGGGCGCUUACGGACCAUAUUGCCACUAGUUUCCGUGAAGAUGCUCCCCGGCCCCCGGUUCCCGGGGAGGAGGGCGACGCUACGCCCCGCUAUCCCGGCAAAGUAGCGACCAUGAGACCCCUGGAUACCGCCAAGUCGAUCCUCCUCCUUAAGUCUCCCGGCUCCUCCGCGAGGAGAAACGAGGACGGUCUUGGGGAGCCCGAGGGGAGCGCGUCUCCCGACUCGCCGCUUUCCCGGUGGACCAAGUCGCUGCACUCGCUCCUCGGGGACCAAGACGGUGCUCUGCUGUUCCGGACAUUCCUUGAGCGAGAGAAAUGCGUCGACACUUUAGACUUUUGGUUUGCAUGCAACGGUUUCAGGCAAAUGGACCUGAAGGAUAGCAAAACGCAGCGAGUCGUCAAAGCCAUUUACAAGCGCUACAUUGAGAACAACAGCAUAGUUGCCAAGCAGCUGAAACCCGCGACCAAGACCUUCAUACGGGACAACCUGAAGAAGAUCGACUCGGCGAUGUUCGACCAGGCACAGACAGAGAUCCAGAACAUCAUGGAGGAGACCUCGUAUCAGAUGUUUCUCACUUCUGAUGUUUAUCUCGAGUACGUGAGGACUGGAGGUGAAAACCCUGGCCACGUUAACCCGAACGGUCUGAGCGACCUGAAGGUGGUUUGUGGAUACCUGCCCACGCUGAACGAGGAAGAGGAGUGGAGCUGUGAUUUCAAAGCCAAAGCGCUGGUUGGACUAUCUUCUAAAACUCUGAGGGCGACCAUGUCCCUGAGGGCGGUGGAGGUCAUGGACAAGGCAUACGGAUCCAGGAUGUACCGGAGGCCUGAGGUCGUCCACCCCUACCACGUGGGGGUGCGGGCUCCGGUCGCCAGCACCAACGACAGCGAGGUGUCCAGCGACGCCAUGACUGACGACGCCAUGUCCGUCACGGACAGCCUAGAUGGCGUCCCUUCCUACAAGUCAGGCUCCAAGAAGCACCUUCACAGAGAGGUGGAGCGCAACCUGAGGAUGAACAGCCAGGUCUCCCUGCCUGCCUUCCCUUGCGACCGCCCCCCUCCCAAGGAGAUGGUUCCCGUGAAGCCCCUGGAGUUCGCCACGCAGCUCAUCGCCCGCCUGGAGCGCCUCAAGAAGGAGCAGGACACCCGCCGCUCCCUGGAGGAGCGUCUGCAGCAGAUCCAGGAGGAAGAGGAGCGGGAAGACGCCGCCGAGACCCCCGGCUCCGCCGCCCACCCCCUGGCCCUCCUCUCGGGCUCGUCCGACGACGACCCCCAGGCCAUCCUGGACGAGCACCUGUCCCGCGUGCUCAAGACCCCCGGGUGCCAGUCCCCCGCCGUCCUGCGCCGCUCCCCCCGCGCCCGCUCCCCGGAGCGCAGGGGGGGCCCCUUGGUCCCUUGCGGGGCCUCGGUGCUCCGGGCCCUGCUGUCCCCGCCGGGGGCCUCCGGCGCCUCCCCUGCCUCGGGCCCCGGCCAGGCCCCGGUCAGCAGGCAGAGCACCAAGCACAUCCACCACCACUACAUCCACCACCACCACGGCGGGCCCCGGAGCCAGGAGCAGAUGGAGCGCGAGGCGGCCCUCAGGGUCCAGGGCCUCUGCGAGGGCGUCCAGCCGUACCAGCGCAGCCGCAGCCUGGGCCGGGAGGCGUGCGGGGCUGCCGCCGCGGCCGUGGAACUCCACCACCCUGGGCGCUCCAGCUCACUGUCCAGGCGCCAGUGCCGUUCAGGGGGCGACGAAGGGGUGUCCGAGGGGUCCCCAGAAGAGGCCGCCCCAUUGGUCCACCUGCCCACGGACACCUCGGAUCGCUCGCAGAAUGUCUGGCAGUGGAUGCUGGAGAGCGAGAGGCAGGGCAAGCACAGGUCUCACAGUGCCCAGAUCACCAAGAAGUCCUUUGGCGGUGGCCCGGCACACACGUGGGGCGUUGGCGGAAGCUCGGCCCUUUUGCGUAACCACCAGCCAGCCCACCCCUUCAUCCAGGACCCCGCGAUGCCACCACUGCCACCACCCAACACCCUUGCCCAGCUGGAGGAGGCCUGCCGUCGGCUAGAGGAGGUGUCAACCAAGCCCUCUAAACAGAGGCACUCUACAUCCAGUCCCCAGCGGGAGAAAAGCCACCUCGUGCCUGUCCAGAACGGAGUGGGCGUCGCCCUGUCUUCAGCCAAUCCGAGCGCAGCCAAUUUGUUCAUCGCAGCCCCUGCCCUUCUGUCAGAAGAGAUGAAGGAGGUAAGGAAGAGCUCUGCGAGCCAAAGCGUUACGUCGUCUCCGAGCGUUGCUGGUGGCUCUGGCGGCAGUGAGGCUGUGGUGACCUACUUCUUCUGUGGUGAGGAGAUCCCGUACCGGCGGAGCAUGAAGAGCCACUGCCUCACCCUGGGACACUUCAAGGAGCAACUCCGCAAGAAGGGCAACUAUAGGUACUACUUCAAGAAGGCUAGCGAUGAGUUUGAAUGUGGCGCCGUGUUCGAGGAGGUCUCUGAGGACGGCACUCUGCUGCCCACCUAUGAGGGCAAGGUCCUGGGCAAAGUGGAGAGGAUGGAGUGAGCGGGGACCCACCACCACCACCACCACCACCACCACCACCACCCCCUCCUACUGCUCCACCAACACAGAAGACCGGGACGGCUUUUCUCUUAAGCCGUGACCGUGUGACUGAAUUCGCUGAACUGGAGCAUUUACGGCGCAUUGCCUCUUGGCUGACUGGAUGAAAAAGAGACAGAACGAACAAAGUAAAAGAGAUGGAGAGAGAGAGAGAGAGAGAGAGAGAGAGAGAGAGAGAGGUCAUAGUCAGACCACAGCACAUUUGUGUAAAUGGUGAAAAACCCUUUCUCAAAGCAAGUCAGAAAACAAAACCAUAACAGACUCCUGAAACAGAAUACAGCCGCCCCCUUCCCCCCAUACACAAUACGGGUCGUGACCCCACGACAGACUCUUUGCUAAAUGACCACUCAUGGUGGAGGUGCGUUCCCCAGGUUCAUCCACAGACCCACGCCAGGUCGCUGUUAAUGGAUGGGCCUCUAGCCUCGUCAAUAUGGAAUAUGCAGAUAUACAUGUAAAAACAAUGAGUCUUAUUAUGAUACCUGUGUCGCUAUGUAAAGAUUUAUAUUGCUAUUUAUUGGAAGAAAUUGACCCCUCCCCCCCCACCUCCCACCACCCAUCCUGCCAUGGAUAUGCUGCUUGGGAUAGAAGACUUUUCCUACUAUCAACAUGUUAAGGACCGCCCCCGCGGUUGGCUGUGAUUGGCUCCUGGUCCCAUGACAGGGCUGUGACUCAGCCCGUUGAUCGUGUCGCCAAAAUUUCCGAGGGCGGUUGUCCAUUCGGUGAAGAGUUUGAAUAUUUGACUACUGCGGUGUUUGUCUGCCCUUACAAUAAUAAUAAUAUUAAUAGUAAUAAUAAUGAUAAUAGUAAUAUCUUAAUGUUAUUUUAAAAUAAGAAAACCUAAUGUCAGAAAUUCCUCUGGGACUCCACCCAGCCGGCCUUGAACUUUAGUGCCUUGAGUUUGCGGUGGCACAGGCAUCCCACAAAACGCCUAACGUUUAUUACUUUACUUUAGCUACGCUACGGAGUACAACCCCCCCCCCCCCCCCGCCCCCCCAAAAAAAGCGUUGAAUUACGUUUGCAUCAAUAUAUACAUUUUCCCAACUAAAGCUCUAUAUAUCGUGUACACAUAUAAAUAUAUAUGCUUCCCUUGUAUGUGUAUGUGUAUGGUUGUGUGUGAGUGUGUGUACAUGAAAGUGUCCACGUGAAAGUGUGUGUGUGAAUGUACGUGCGCACAGAUGCACGGAUGCAUAUGUGCGCUUGUUUGUGUGUGCGUGACUAGGGUUAUUCUGUGUAUUGCAAGCCUGCAUGGGGAUCUGCAGAGGAUUGUGAUGGGAGUGAUGUUGUUAGUGACACGUGUCCGUAACUGAGUACAGUAACUGUGCCUACAUGGAGUCCCACGCCAUGUCUUACCCAGUUUUCAGGGUCCGAUUACUCCCUUGGUUUUCUCAAGGGGCCUUAUGUUGAAAAAUAUAUUUUUAUGCCUUUUAGUAUCCUGUUUAAUCUUGUUGUUUUAUUUUGUCUUUUUCUCCCAUGGUUCCCACUUGUAAACUGUAAAUUAUGCGUUCUAUAGAGUUCCAUUGAAAAGAUGCCUCGGUACUUUAAUUAUUGUAAUUAAGAGAUGUAGCCUUUAUUAAAAUGUUAUAUUUUUCAAAUGAAA